CGCGCCUUGCCGUGCCGCUCUAAGCUCCGAGCUUACGACGCUACAGCCUACAAACCCGUUCAAAUAAAAAUAAUAAAAACUUUUAUUUUUCGAAAUUUUCAAAUUCCCAGCCAGUGUUCCAUUGUUUGUGUCGAAUUGGUACUUCAAAAAGUUCUGUGCACUUCUGUGAUGCUCCAAACUUCGUAACCGGUUAAAACCGGUUCACGCAAGUUCGGGUGGCCAUGUUCAAAAGAGGUUACCGGACACGCUAUAUCCGCGUAGUGCUGAAGCCUGGCGCAUGGAAGCGGCUGCCAAUGAAACUGCUCAAGUGGGGUAGAAAGAUGCCGUCCACUAAACGCUACAACUUGGUACCGAAUGACGAGUACGAUACCAGAAUACCCCUGCAUCCAGACGAGGCGUUCGAAUAUGGAAUCACGUUCCAGGCUAAGUACAUCGGCACUAUGGACGUACCUCGGCCGACCAGUCGAGUGGAGAUAGUGGCGGCUAUGCGACGAGUCAGAUAUGAAUUCAAGACGAAGAGUGUGAAGAAGCGCAAAGUAACAAUCGACGUUUCCACAAAUGGUGUUCGGGUGACCACGCGGUCUAAUAAAGCUAAGAGCCCUGGAGCGAGGUUGUUCAGUCGCAAGAAGGCCGCAGCAGAAUGCAUAGAGAUCAUGCACCAUCCCAUCUACCGCAUCUUCUACGUCUCUCACGACAGCUCCGACUUAAAGAUCUUCUCUUACAUCGCUCGAGACGGCGCCACCAACGUCUUUAAGUGCAACGUUUUCAAGAGCAACAGAAAAGAUAAGAGUCAAGCCAUGAGGAUUGUGCGUACCGUGGGCCAGGCUUUUGAGGUGUGUCACAAGAUGCAGGUGAACAGUCCAGAGCACGCUGCAGCAUCUACCUCCUCCGCCGCUGACGACAGAACAUACACCAGCGAGCCCGUUAAAGAGCCAUCAGAGUGCGGGCUGUCAGAAGCUGCUUCCACGUCCAAGGGCGAAGCGCAGAGACCAGUCCACCUGGACCUCCCUCCACCACCGAGGAAGGAGAAGAAGCGCACACAGCAUCCACCGGCACCGAACAUCCUGCCCGAUCUACCGGAAUGCGUAACCAAGGUUGAGGUGACGACCGUCGAGGACGCAACCACGCCGCUGAGCGCGCAACAUCAGUUGCAACUGUUGCGCGAACGCCUCGAGCAACAGGCGCAACAGACGCGCGCGGCUGUUGCGCAGCUAUUGCUGUUGCGCGACCAGCUGGCCGCGGAACAGGCGGCCAGAUGCGAGGCACAAGCCCGAACACAUCAGUUGCUGGUCCACAACAAGGAACUCUUGGAGCAUAUCGCUGCUCUCGUCUCUCAUUUGCAAGAGAGAGAGAAGGGGAAUGCGCGCCCAAUCAACUCUCAACAGCUGACAAUGUUGCCACAGCCAAAAGCAGGAGGGAAAGAGACGCUGAAGUCAGACAGUCAUUGCAACACUCCUUGUAACGGUAACUACCAGACACUUAACGAGGACCUGAUAAAUCUUCUGACACAUAAUACUAACCAGAAUAACGCAACCCAAAACGCUACCCAAAACAACCAUAGCAAUGCAAAUCAUAAUGGAGAAAAUAAUAACGUACCGCCACAUUUCUCACCCCCACCAUCUACAAGCCAAGCCAACGGAGAGACCACGCCAAACUUCGACGGAAUGACAAACGAUCAGAUACAAGAAUACCUAAUAUCGAAAUUCCAAGAUGUCAACGUGAAUAACAACAACGAAGCCUACAUGAACAAACAGUACUUCCAAAACUCCAAGGCAUUCCCGAAUAUUCCUCCCCUGAUCAACCACUUCAGCAAUUCCGAAUUAGCAAACCUGAUGACUAAGCAAAUCUACGAUGAUCAGUUCAAAACCAGCGAGGAGAUAAGCAGCAUGAUCCAAGCCAUGAGUGUCAGUCAGUCUCAGAAUUCUUUGGACAGCGAUUCAGACUCGAGCUCAUCGUCAUCUUCAGACGGGAGCUCAGAUGAUGACGUUCCGUUCAUCAUGCCGCUCUCCCACAAGGGAACAUUACAGGCGAAAGGAAACGAUGGUAAAGUAAGGCUUAUUGUACCAGUGAGUCCGUCAGAAAGCACGUCGAAGGUAGCCAAUGAAAACAAAGAAGAGGAAAAGCCAGUGUAUGCUGUAACACUGAAAGUCCCCGUGUUGGAGAAUACGCUAGCGCCGCCCGCGCCUAUCACUCGCUCUACCAGCGAGAAGGUACCAAACAGAAGCGAAAUGAUGACCGCUUUAAGAGCGCAAUGGACGAGACACACUACGAAAUAAACUCUUAUCUUAUACUCGACUAUUAGCCGCAGUCAGUAAAGAGACACAAAAGGUAUCUCUCUACUAAAAGUAAAGAGAGAAGAAGGGUAUGACGUGUGAUUUUGCUGACUGCGAUUGAAAUUCGUACCUUAGUUAAAUCUAAUUGCUUAUUAAUUUAUUACUAUUAGGUAUAAUUUGAAUGUAGAAAUGAAAGACUUGAAUGGUGCCAAUCGGUGAUCUGCUAUUAGGUGUAGAUUCUAGAUUUUAUUUACAUAUCAAUUUCUAGUCGAUGUUUAUUCCAGUCAAUUUUAUUUAUAUCCUAAACAUAUCUUUUAUAUUUUCCUACUAUAGAU